AUGAAGCUGAAAGCUGAUAGAGCUCCUGAGGUCUUCAAAGACGGUUCAAGAUCCAGCAAAGGCUACAGCACCCAGCUCAUGAAAUCCUCCAUUGCCACAUCCUGUGAGGAGCAUCCAAGCGCUGCACCCCCAGGAAGGAGCGGGUGCUGUGAUGUCAUGGGUUGUGUUGACAUGGAAUGCAGACCGUGUCCUGAGGCAUCUGCAGAGGCAUCACUGCUCUGAGAGCUCUGGGAGAGUGUUGGACCAGGCUGGAUUGAGAUGCUGCUCCUCACCCUCUCCUGUUUGGCUUCCCUGACCAGCAGUGUCCAGGCAGGUUUUGUUUCUCAGCAUUCUCAGCACAGAAGAGCUGCAGAAUAUUUAAAUGUGGGCUGUGGCCUCCGACCAUCCUACGAGUCCUUCCAGGGCACUGGCAAGAGGAUUGGGACAGGGACAGACGUCACCCCCGGGGAAUUCCCGUGGCACGUGAGCAUCCAGAGCCGUGGGAAGCACAUCUGUGGAGGCACCAUCAUCAGUGCCCUGUGGAUUUUGACUGCAGCCCACUGCUUUGCAGAUGAGCUGCCACCAGAUCUGACAGUGGCAGUGGGGGGAGUUAACCUCAGCCUCCCUCUGGAAGAGUGCAACCCAGACAGCCUGAUCCUGCACGAGGAGUUCAACAGAACCAGCCUGCAAAAUGACAUUGCCCUGAUCCUGCUCAGCAGCCCCAUCGAGUUCAGCACGGAGAAGAUUCCCGUCUGCCUGCCCUUCGUGUGUGACAGGGACACCUGGCAGCACUGCUGGGCUUCUGGCUGGGAGAGCACAAGUGCAGCAUCCCCUGUGCUGCAGAAAACAAGGGUGAAGCUGAUCAGCAGGGAGAAAUGCCUGGAGCACAUCCCACACCUCGUGGGGGGCAUUAUGUGUGCUGAGACAGAGCAAGGAGAAGGAGGAGGAGGAGGAGGAGGUGGAGGAGGAGGAAGAGGCUGCCAGGUGGACAGCGGGGGACCUCUGGUCUGCAGCUACUGGGACACCAUGAAGUGGUUCCAGGUCGGCAUCGUCAGUGGAGGAAACCCAAACCACAGGAUUUUGACACCUGUUUUCAGCUACCAGGAGUGGAUUGAGAAGGAAACAGCCAUAAGGGGAAAACCUUUCUUCACUGAGGGUGUGGACAGUGGAACACACGUCAGGGUUGCUCGUUCCAGGGCUGGAACACAGGUGGUGUUUCUGGGGUAUUGUCUCCUUUUAUUCACCUUUUUAAUAGCAAUAAAAUUACCCUGA